AAGUGUAGUAGGAACAUAUUUUUUGUUAAACUUUUUUUUUUUCAAAGCAUUGGUGAGACAUUAAACCAAACAAGUUGCUGUAAUAAAACUAAUUAAAAAAAAUUCAAUAGAUGGGGAACGCACAACUUCCUUUUCGUUUGCCUGAUGCACAAAAAAAAAAUAAAGAUAAACUUCAAAGUACUCCAAUACCGCCUUCUUUUGGUCGAAAAAAGAAAAAGUUUAAAACAGGUGUAGCAGCCGCAAAAUUUCCUAUAGUAACACCCAACGCUCGUUGUUUAUUACGCAAAUUGCGCCUUGAACGUAUCAAGGAUUAUUUACUUUUAGAAGAGGAGUUUGUAGCUAAUCAAGAACAAAAAACUUCACUUGAAAAUAAACAACAGGAAGAAGAAAAUAAAAUUGAUGAGUUGAGGGGAUCACCUAUCACAGUAGGAACGCUUGAAGAAGUUAUUGAUGAUCAUCACGCCAUUGUAUCAUUAAGCCUUGGAACAGAAUACUAUGUGCAUCUUCACACUUUUGUUGAUCAAAAUGCUUUAGAACCUGGCUGCUCAGUCCUUCUUCACAACAAAGUAUUAAGUAUUGUAGGUGUUUUACAAGAUGAUGUGAAUCCUCUUGUGACUGUAAUGAAAGUUGAUAAGGCUCCACAAGAAACUUAUGCAGAUAUUGGAGGUCUUGAUCAACAAGUGCAGGAAAUCAAAGAAGCUGUUGAAUUGCCUUUAACACAUCCGGAAUUAUACGCGGAUAUUGGAAUUAAACCUCCUAAAGGAGUCAUUUUGUACGGUCCCCCUGGAACAGGAAAAACAUUACUAGCUAAAGCUGUUGCUAAUGAGACGUCUGCUACCUUUUUGCGUGUUGUUGGCUCCGAACUUAUUCAAAAAUAUCUGGGAGACGGCCCUAAGCUUGUUCGUGAAAUGUUUCGUGUUGCGGAAGAACAUUCACCUUCCAUUAUUUUCAUUGAUGAAAUUGAUGCGGUUGGAACUAAACGGUACGAGGCCACUAGUGGAGGUGAAAGGGAAAUUCAGCGGACUAUGCUUGAAUUAUUGAAUCAGCUGGAUGGAUUUGAUGCUAAAACUGGAGUAAAGGUUAUUAUGGCAACAAAUAGAAUUGAAGCUUUAGAUCCAGCAUUGAUUCGUCCAGGACGUAUUGAUCGGAAAAUCGAGCUACCUCAUCCUGAUACAAAAACAAAGCGACGAAUUUUUCAAAUUCACACUGCUAAAAUGACUCUCGCACCCGAUGUUGACUUGGAAGAGUUUGUUCUUGCAAAAGACGAAUUAUCUGGAGCUGAUAUCAAAGCCAUUUGUAGUGAGGCUGGUCUAUUAGCGCUAAGUGAGCGCCGCAUGUGGGUUAGCCAGGACGAUUUUCGAACGGGAAAAGAAAAAACACUACAACAAAAAAAAGGCAAUGUUCCGGAAGGUUUAUAUUUGUAACCACAACCAAACAAACAUCAAGGUUUUAUCGUACAUUUUAAGUUCCUAAAUUCUUAAAGCAAUAUCUUUACCAAUAUUUUGGGGAAAUUAUAAUAUUGUUUUUACUGCUUUUUUGUUUUAUGUUGGACAUGGAUAAUCAUUCCCAUUAUUAAACCUUUCAAUUUUAGUCUACCAAAUAUUCUUUUUUAAUAAUCUUAAAUCAGUACUAAUCACUGUUUAGAACAAACAAAACAACGAAACAUUUUAAUUCGUGAGAAAAUAAACAUUUGUCAUUCUACGCUCAGCUAAAAGAAACUUUAACAAUUCCAUUUUUCUAUUUUCUUUAAUAAGACCCACUGCUUUCCACCUUUUUGCGCCAUUCUCCUGAGAAUUAUAUUCAGGUUUUGCUGUGUUAUUACUGAACAUUUUAUGGUUUUGUUAAAUUAUUUUACCUCCAAAGGCGUCUUUUCAACAUGAACUAACAGAUUUGCUCUUAAUGAACCAUUAGUAGUUGCCUUGUACUUCAAGAAAGCGCAUAUCUGCAUCCAUCAGCUCAGUAUAAUAAAAAGCUUAAAGUUGGCAUCUCUGCUCUCGAAUGCCACAGUAGUUUUUACAGUUGAACACAUUCAAAAUUUAAAUACAUUCUGUCAUCGUGAACGUUCCUGUUUUUUUUUUUAAUUAUAAAAUUAUUGUAAUCUUUCAACGGGCGUCUGGUGCCUUCAUACCAUCCCUGACAGAAACCUAGUAAACAAACUUUUGUUACCUUAGUAGAAAACUUGUUUUGAACAUUAACAAAACGUUUUUCUUUUUUUUAAAUUGUACUUUUCUUUAGAUCCGCCAUUUCUUACAAGAUAUGCACAAAGAAACC